CUCGAGCUAUAGCUCGUUGGUUGAGAAAACUCGGCCCUCCUCCAGGAGCCGCGCGGCCCGCGCCAGAAUAGCUCAAACGGCCCCAAAAAAGAAUGAUAGGGACUCCUAUCAUAUACAUACGUGUCGAAAGGAGAGCGACGUGGGCGAGCCCUGACCAGUUCGGCAAACAACGUAGAAAUCUUCAGUCUUUAGCGUCUUCCUGCCCCUUUCUGCCAAUGGAAUCUGAGGAAGAUAAGAAGACGAAGGUGGAUCUCCUCCACGCCGCCGUUCACCAGCUCCUGGAGCACAGAAGGAUCAACAGUAGCAGGGAUCGUGAAGAAAGUCUCCUCCUUUCCAGAUUACUCUGUCAGCUAGAAUCGCUGGACGAAGAGGCGCACACCACCUGUUUGACGAAAUGCCCCUACGGCCCAAAAUGCUGUGGAGCCAACCAGGAAGCUAGUAUUGAGAAAAUUGCUAGGGAGCUGAGGAGCAUCAAGAUACAGAAUCGGAUUAGCCAUUGUCUGCUAGCUGUGAUGAUCAUUAUAACCGCGGCGUGGCAGAUGUCCGAGGUCUCGUUGCUGCUGUCAGUGAGGGAUAAGCUCUGCAAUCCGUUGAAAAUUGUGGGGAAUUUGCUCAGAAAUUCCAUUAAAUGGCGAGAGAAGAAGUCUGAGAUUGAAGAAGCUAGUUGGCCGCUCAUUGGAGUGCCGCAGGUUCCUGAUAUUGAUCUUGCUUUUCUUCCUUUUAAUAACAACAACAACAACAACAAUAAUAAUAGUAAUAAUAAUAAUAAUAACAAUAAUGGGCAUUGAAGAUCUCAUGAAGUUGUUUUUUGCGUUAAAAAUGGCUGUUUUGAAAUGGAGGGAGGGACUUUAGUUCUUCAUAUGUAGCAGUUGUGUUUUUAUUUUUAUUUGUAGGGGCUGUUUGGCUGCAAGUAGGAUUUAGUUCUUAGUAUAUCCUGUAAAUUAGGAUUUAAUCAAUCUUGUGUACAUUUUUGGGAAUGAGAGGUGUUCAAUCUACUUGAAUGUCAUUCGGUAAUUUGGGUACUUAUUUAAGGAUCU